AUGCCGAACGAAAGCUUCAAGGCAAAAUGGAGGGAUAAAUGGAACGGCAGAGCAAAGGCAAGCCUCGCGGAGAAGACGAAGAAGAGGGUGCGCAAGAUCUGGAACUCCCUCAAAAAACCUCCAAGAGGAAGCCCUCUGCCAACUGCAAGGCCAUCGUCCACAUCGCUACAAGGCAGCAGCUCGCAACUUGGCCCGCCGCAUCUUCAGCCGUCACUAUCACCUCAGAUCAGGACGUCGACGGCAUCUCUAUCUUCCAAUAAAACAACCGCUCCUCACGAUAUCGAGCAUAUAUACCCUCCUCCAGCUACCGAACCUCUAUCUUCUCCGGCUAUCAACGUUCCCUCUGUUUCACACAGCGACGAAGCGCCCGCCAACCCGCCCCUAACCUCAAACUCUCCAGGAGAAAGCUCCGAGUCCACCAUCACCCCAUCUGUUGCAUCAUGCUCCGAUGUGUCUCAAGUCGUCAUAACAGAUACUUCUGUCCCAGACACCGAGGAUGCAUCUUCCAUUGCACCUACUGAGGAUAGCUCCUUGACUCUGGAUACAGAGGAUGUCUCUUCUCCUCCAGCUACUGAAACGACAUCCCCCCCUCCAAUAACAUGUCCCGAGACGGCUUCCUCUCCCCACGACGACGAAGUACCUACCGAUGACCAUCUAUCCGUGAACCUCUGGGAAGAAGUUUUCCGCAGCGUGAACGACGAGACGAAAUCUUGGAUUCGACAGCAUGGGCUCAGCUCCACGCCAAAUGCCGAUUCCGACGACCAAGUCAACGCACUUAUCGACCUUCUCCAGAACCAAUCUUUGCUGAAAAACAUUAGAACUCCUACCAAAAUCAGAAUUGGCAACCAAACGAUUGUCUUCCGCGAAUAUGUGGCCGACGUGAUAAGCUUCCUCACCAUGGCUGGUGAUCUCACUGCAACGCUUGUGCCACGCGAGACCAGUGCACCGUGGGCUGCGGGGAAGGCUCUGCUGAAACUAGAGCUCUAUGAACCUACAACGCUUUUGAUCUCAUCUGUCUCUGCUUAA